AUGGCCGAUACGCCGCAGACGACUGCAGGUGGCAACCCCAAGGAGGCAAGGGUCCUCGAACAACAUCUGGACCCAAGCUACGAUUAUUCAGAAUUCGAUCCAGCGACACCACCACAGGAAGACGGUGCAGAGAGCUCUGCAAAUUCAACUGACCGACAGGUUCCGGAAUCCUCUUUGCGGCUACAGGGUGGCGACAUCCACCGUGACCUGUAUAAAAUUGCAGCACAGAACAGACGCCAAAAGCUACAUCAACGAGCAGCAACCUUUUCCGAUGCUAUUCACUUUGGCAACAACUCAGCGCCUUCGGUCUCAGACGUUGACCAUGAUGAGCUACCCGUUCGGGAUCAACUUGCGCCAGGAGGCUUGAGGCGACAAUUUCUGCAGCGGCAAAGCAAGCGUGUUAGCUACAUUUCAGAACCCGUGACGCGAAACUUUAUUUCCUUCCUGGAACUGUACGGCAAUUUCGCUGGUGAAGACCUUGAGGAAUCGGACGAUGAAUCGGCCAUCCAAGAUGAAGAGGACGAAGGCGAACGGAGACCGCUGCUUGGACGUCGACAGAGCUCCAAGAGACUGCGGGCUCAGGGUGAUGCUGAUCAAGUUAAGACCUUCUUUACGCUUUUGAAGGCGUUUAUCGGUACCGGGAUAAUGUUUCUGCCCAAAGCGUUCAAGAAUGGUGGAAUGCUGUUUUCAUCCAUAACCAUGAUCAUGGUGUCUGCAAUUACAGCGCUCUGCUUUGAACUGCUUCUGUCGACGAGAAAGAGAUACGGUGGUGGUGGUUAUGGUGAUCUGGGUCAAAUUGUGGUUGGGCCAAAGUUCCGAGCGCUCAUUCUGGUCUCCAUCACGCUUUCGCAAAUUGGUUUCGUGUGUGCUGGUCUCAUCUUCACGGCGGACAAUCUUGCGUCGUUCCUUGACGCUGUAUCUCACGUCAAGGAUCCCCUAUCGACGAAUGCGCUCAUCGGCAUCCAGAUCGCCGUUCUGAUUCCAAUGUCCUUCAUUAGGAACAUCUCCAAGCUCGGACCUGCCGCUUUACUCGCCGAUGUCUUCAUCCUUAUCGGCCUGACCUACAUCUACUGGUAUGACAUCUCUUGGAUCGCCAAGAUGGGCGGCUUUCAUCCUUCGGUUGAGCUUUUCAACCCACGCGACUUCACUAUGACCAUCGGUUCAGCUAUCUUCACUUUCGAAGGCAUCGGGCUUAUUCUUCCUAUUCAAUCAAGCAUGAAAGAGCCUGAACAUUUCAGCAAGCUACUUUACCUCGUCAUGAUGAUUAUUACCGUCAUCUUUACGUCUGUAGGUGUGCUUUGCUACGGUACCUUUGGCGAACACGUCUCCGUCGAGGUCAUUACCAAUUUCCCGCAAUCCAGCAAGCUCGUCAACGCCGUGCAGUUCCUAUACUCCAUGGCCGUGCUUGUCGGCACUCCAGUCCAACUCUUCCCCGCCAUGCGUAACAUCGAACUCAAGAUCUUCGGUCGCGCUUCCGGAAAGCAGAGCAACAUGACAAAGUGGAAGAAGAACGCCUUCAGGACUAGUUUGGUCAUUCUCUGCGGAUUGAUUGCCAUUCUCGGGGCUAGCGACCUCGACAAAUUCGUCGCGCUCAUCGGAAGCUUUGCUUGUGUACCGCUCGUGUACAUUUACCCGGCGUACCUACAUUACAAGGGUGUGGCUAGUCGUCCUUGGGAGAGGUUCGGUGACAUUACGAUGAUGGUGGUUGGUCUCGUUGCUAUGGUAUACACGACCAGUGUUACACUCGCGAGAUGGUCCGAGACUUAG